AAAAAAAAAAUACAGCAAUAGUCAUCGAACCACGAGUGCUCGCGAUAACGAUUGUCACUCCGUCUUUGCUAUAUGUUAACCGUGGUUUACUCCGUGCUGUAUUCUCCUAUAUAUCCAUAUAUACUUUCUGCUGUUCUCUUGCGACAAUUGCAUUCCACCCAUGCAACACUAUGCAACACUAUAUAAUCGGGGUGCGCCGUUACUGUUCUUUUUUUUUUUUUCCUCACCGCGGUCUAUCUCCGUCACUUAACAAAGAAAAAUAAAUGUUAUCGCUGUCGGUGCUCCGCUCGUCGUAAGUUGCCAGUGCCGUCGUGUACGUGUCGUGGGAGUGUGCUAUGAAACUUGUGCUGCGGAGACACGCCACCAACUGUGCGAAAACUGUGGAUACAGAUGAAAAAAAAAAUGCUACCGUCGGCAAAACACGUGCCACGUCGGGUAAGCCUGCUCGUGUGCCUGCUGUUAAUGACGUGCGCGUUCCGGUCGUCCGAGGCCCGAGUGCAAUGGCGCAACGUGAACGCUACCUGCCCGAAUCUAGAGCACUGCGAAUGUUAUGUCGUCAGUCAAGGGGCUCUGACACGCUGCAGAAAUAUCGCUCAACCGCACGAACUUGACGCCGACAUGGCCAAGCUCGAGGGCGUUGUCCUCAGGAAACUGACCUUCGACCAGGUUCAGAUGACCGAGCUGCCGGCCACGUGGUUCUCAAACCAUACAAUCAUCAUGUUGAUCAUCACCAACAGUCCCCUCCGCGACAUCGGGGAUGAAGCCGUCGGUGCUUUGAGCCGAAUGUCGCGAAUGCUGCUAGAGAAUGACCAGCUGGAGGCUCUACCCCGGGGCUUGACCGCGGCGAAGCAUUUGCGCUGGCUCGAAGUGCGCAAGAACCGCAUCAGAUUCCUGCAAGGCGUGCUAUCUGUGCCCGGACUGUUCGAGUUGGAUCUUCGCUUCAACGCGAUCGAGAGAAUCGAUGAAACAUUUCUGUGGGGCUUACCUAAUCUGAAGAUUUUGCGCUUCUCCGGCAACAGAAUACGGCAGCUGCCGGCUACCCUAUUCAAGAAUACGAGAAAGUUGAAGAAAGUUGAGUUUCGUAAUAACAACAUUGCAGAGAUAAAAGGCGUGUUCGACGAUAUGCCUUACAUAGAGGCUCUCGACUUGAGUUACAAUAUGAUUACAGACGUCGAUAGGUUUUUGAAAGCAAGCAUGCCUUACUUAAGUACCCUUAAUCUAGCGCAUAAUCGAAUUAACGUUAUAAGCGAAGUCGCAUCGUCGAACGCCAUGAUUGAAGAACUCUUUUUGAACGACAACGAAAUAACCCAAGUGGAGGUCGGUGCCUUCGCGGCUUUGGAAGAAAUGGCCCGUCUGGACCUCAGCCGCAACAGCAUAUUCUAUUUAAACGAGUCGGUUUUUAAUACAGACUCAAGGCUGGAAUACCUGGAAUUGUCGGAAAACAAGUUGGCUAGCGUGACAGGAGUGUUCGGCAGGACGCGUCGCCUAAAGGACCUGAAGUUAUCGUCCAACCGGAUUGAGGACAUCACCAGCGCCUUCGAGGGUCUAACGCUUUUGAAAAAGAUUUCGCUCAGGAGCAAUCUGGUGACCCACGUUCCUGACGGCACAUUUAGAGACAACAGUGGCUUGGUUGAAAUCAACCUUAGUGAUAACAGGAUACAGUGGGUGGGAAGGAACGCCUUCAUGGGACUUGUGAUCCUUGACAAGCUGCUGCUGCAAGACAACCUGCUCCUGGCGCUCAACGGCUCUUCAAGAAAUCUGCCCAAGCUACGUUACGUGGACGCCUCCAAUAACGCAAUCCAAUACCUGGAGAACGGCGAAUUCGCCAACGAUGGCCGCUUGGCUUCUAUUGAGCUAACAGCGAACAACAUCAGCGAUGUGCGAGGGGCUUUCACAGGUGUCCAAAACCUGGUGGGGCUCUUCCUAAGGCGAAACCGAGUGGAGCUGCUGCGCCGCAGUGACUUCGCCAAGGCGCUAAAGAACAAGCCGACGGUCAUCCUUGACGAGAACCCUCUAAUGUGUGACUGCAGAAUGGCUUGGCUUAUGCGCCCGGACAGCGAAGCACGGGCGGGAAACUACCUGACAUGUACGGGGCCGCAGUGGCUCAAAGGAAAGCUCUUCAACUGGCUCACGAAGGACGACCUGAUGAGGUGGGAAAAGGACUGCGAGUCGGGCUGUCGGUGCGAUUGCCGAGAAGACGCCCUUGGUGACCGAGCCAUCGCCGUCGACUGCACAUCGGCGGCACUGAACCGCAUGCCGCAAGUAUUUCCAGAGGGCACAACCGAGUUGGACCUCCGCGAUAACCGCAUCGAAGAGCUUGGCGAGGUUCUCAUCAACGGCGCGCCACGCCUCCAAGUUCUCUCUCUCAGAAAUAACCUCCUGACAAGCUUCAACGUGACCAAGAUACCCGGAAGUGUGCGCUCUCUCGACUUGAGUAGCAACCGUAUGAAGCGGUUCCCGUACGCCCUCGUGACGAAGCACAAGCUGACGUCGUUGCGACUGUCCGCCAACCCUUUCGUGUGCGAGUGCGUCGACUACCCUUUCAGGCAGUGGGUUGAAGCUCACGGUGAUGUGAUCCUGGAUGUCGCAGACAUCACAUGUGCCGAGAGCUCCAAUUCACUUGUGUCCCUGAAGCCCUUUGUGACAUUAGGGCAGAAACAACUGUGCCCGGGAGCUGUACCACGAGCCAUAAUAUACCUCCUGCCCAUCUUAGUGUCGCUGGUGAUCGCGCUGGCGCUGUCGGCGGUCUACCUGCGCUACAAGCGCGAGCUGAAGGUGUGGCUGUACGCGCGCGGCGUGUGCCGCUCGCUGCAGUGCAUCAAGGAGGACGAGCUGGACGAAGAGAAGCUGUUCGACGUGUUCCUCUCGUUCAGCAGCAAAGACGCCGGCUGGGUGCACGCGCAGCUGCUGCCCGGCGUCGAGGCGCUAGGUUUCUCGGUCUGCACCUACGAGAGGAACUUCAAGGGCGGCUUCCUGCUGCAGGACAUCAUCCGCGACGCUGUGGCAUGCUCCAGGCGCACGUUGCUGCUGCUCACGGGAAACUUCAUGGAGAGCGAGUGGUGUCGUUGGGAGUUUCGGUUGGCGUACCAACGGGCCCUGAGUGAUCACAUAAACCGGUUGGUGAUCGUGCUUGUCGACGAGGUGCCUGCUGACUCACUGGACGAGGACCUCCAAGCGUAUAUGCGGGCCACGAACUAUGUACGCUGGGGCGAGCCGAACUUCUGGGACAAGCUGUUGUACUCGCUGCCCAAGAAGGACUCCAGGAGAAAGCUCAUCACCCACAGAGUCGAAGAGCACUCUCUGGCCUAUAUAACCGACGUCGGUUAAUAUACACGGGCCUUCACGAACCACGUACAUGGCGUGAUUAGGAACUGGCCCAGUGGGAAAAAUGGCUGCGCCGUUGUGCUGCUGGUCCCAAUGUCCUGGUUCUGGUAUAGUCGCAUGUUCGGGUGAAGAGUGUCUUCGACGAGUUGAUAAACUGUCAUGACGCAUGUGCAAGUUGAAGAUGCGUAUAGCGCGAAUCGGUAACGAUGUACCCAUCAUAGGGCGUCCAUACGAAAAUAAUUUCAUUGCUUUGAGUAUACUUGCGUUUUUGGAACACGCGAAAAGCUUCGAGGAAGAGAAUCCUGUGAUCGUGUAGCAUCAGGCAGAGAUUGCAGUUUCGUGCAGUAUUGACAGCCAGCGUGCGCGCUACUACAUAAUACCUGAUGUUAGUGUGUCGCACGAUGAACAUAGAAGGUGUACUUAGUACCCCGUGUUGUUCAAAAUCUGCGAAAAAGAAACGCUUAUUUCAGCUCAUUCUGAUGGGGAUACAUGUGCGAUUAGGGAUCCAAACAGAAACAGUGCCUAGCCUGCGCCGUGCUGACUUUGGGGAGCUGUGGUCGGCAUUGGAGAAAUAAAAACUGAAAUGUAUGACGUAUAGCCAUAAAAUGUCCCCUUCAUGGGAAAACCAAUAUAGGAGAUAAUUACAAUUUAUUUGGGCAGAAAGAACCUUUGAAGGCGCAGAGAAAAAGUGCCAGCCCCCUCCCCCCUUCCACCUAAGGACCGUACAAAAACACAAUCGGCAAAAUGUAUUACCGAAAUACGGUUACAAUGGCGAAACCCGCCGUGGUGGCUUAGCGGCUAUGGUGUUGCGCUGCUAAGCACGACGUUGCGGGAUCAAAUCCCGACCGCAUUUCGAUGGGCGCGAAAUGCAAAAACGCCCGUGUCCCCGUGCAUUGGGUGCAGGUUAAAGAUCCCCAGGUAGUCAAUAUUAAUCCGGAGCCCCCCAAUACGGCGUGCCUCGUAAUCAGGUCGUGGUUUUGGCACGUAAAACCCCAGAAUUGAUUGUUACAAUGGCGAAAACGUAGGAGAAAAGCCAUCGAAGCAACUAAAGCGCGCUGCACUGCUCGUGAGCGUGCUCGAUCCAUACAAUAAUGUUUAACAGACGAGGUGAUUUAUUCAGAUUUGCUCUCACAAUCCAUCAGAGAAACGAAAAAUGGGUUAUACCAAGCUGCACCCAAGUUCUUUUAGUCCAAUUAAUAAACCUUCACUUGAAAAUUA